AUGGUUCUCAAGAGGGCAUUCGCUUUGAUCUCUAGUUUCUUCGGCCCGAGAGAGCAUCCGGCGUUAGUUAAGGGAUCUCCGUGUGCUCGUGAGGCAAUCGAAUCAGAUGUUGGGAAGAAAGUAGAGGAAGAGGGAUUGCUUGUUUCUCAAGAAUUUUCCAGUUUGAGGGACGAUGAGGUGUGUUGUGUGUGUUUGUCAAGAUUGUCGGAAGGUGAAGAGGACAUGAGAGUUCUUCCUUGCCUGCACGAGUUUCACAAGGUAUGUGUGGAUAAGUGGUUCGAUGCGUGCCGGAUGACGUGCCCUCUGUGCCGGUUUCCGGUGGGAGGAGUUGACAAGUCUCAGGUGGUGGAGUUGCUCACUGAGGAGAUUAUGUUAUAUUUUUCUUCUUUUCAUAGUUCUGGGUUCUAA